UUCCCUCUUCCAUCAUUUACGCCAAGCAACUCACCCACUUUCUCUCUCCUCCUCCUCCUCCUCCUCCUCCAUCAUCAUCAUCAUCAUGGCCUCAACGGCACUCCGCCUCCGCCGAAUUGGCGCCAUCGCCGCUGCUGCAACCACCGCCGCUUCCGUCGCAUUUACUGUGUCAGUUUCCUCCAAUGACAGAGGGAUUAGUGUGGCCCCCGAAAUCCAGGGGAAGGUUUCUGACUUAAACGCUGUCGUACCUCCUAGGCGGGCUCAAAUUUCGUCUCUGGCGGGGUCCACCGCCGAUAAACCUCUGGAUAUGCUCGUGAUUGGUGGUGGCGCGACAGGGUGCGGUGUCGCCCUUGAUGCUGCAACGAGAGGCCUCCGUGUGGGGGUUGUGGAAAGGGAGGAUUUUGCUUCCGGGACUUCUUCCAGGUCUACCAAGUUAAUCCAUGGAGGUGUACGCUACCUUGAGAAAGCUGUGUUCAAUGUUGAUUAUGGGCAGCUGAAGCUUGUUUUCCAUGCACUUAAGGAACGUAAGCAGCUGAUUGAUAAUGCUCCACAUCUAUGCCACUCUUUGCCAUGCAUGACCCCAUGUUUUGGAUGGUUUGAAGUGGUGUACUACUGGGCGGGCUUGAAACUAUACGAUAUAGUCGCAGGGGCAAGGUUGCUACAUCUAUCAAGGUAUUAUUCAGCGCAACAGUCUAUUGAGCUCUUCCCCACUCUUACGAGAAUGGGAAACGAUAGAAGUUUAAAGGGCACUGUAGUGUAUUAUGAUGGGCAGAUGAAUGACUCUCGACUUAACGUUGGUUUGGCAUGCACAGCAGCAUUAGCUGGGGCCUCUGUGCUUAAUCAUGCUGAAGUUAUUUCAUUACUUAAGGAUGAAGUUGAUGGGCGGAUAAUUGGUGCAAGAAUACAUGACAAUCUCUCUGGUGAAGAAUUUGAUACAUAUGCUAAAGUUGUGGUGAAUGCUGCUGGGCCUUUUUGUGACUUUGUUCGGAAAUUGGCUGAUACGGCUGCGCAGCCCAUGAUAUCUCCUAGCAGUGGUGUACAUAUUGUUCUCCCUGACUACUAUUCUCCAGAAGGGAUGGGGUUAAUUGUUCCGAAAACUAAGGACGGACGUGUUGUGUUCAUGCUUCCAUGGCUGGGCAAGACAUUAGCAGGGACCACAGAUUCCAAUACCGCCAUUACAAUGCUGCCAGAACCACAUGAGGAUGAGAUUCAAUUCAUAUUGGACGCUCUCACUGAUUAUCUCUGUAUCAAGGUUCGUCGAACAGAUGUUCUCUCUGCAUGGAGUGGAAUUCGUCCAUUGGCUAUGGAUCCAACAGCCAAGAACACAGAAAGUAUCUCCCGUGAUCACGUUGUUUGUGAAGAUUUCCCUGGUUUGGUUACCAUAACUGGUGGAAAAUGGACCACAUAUAGAAGCAUGGCUGAGGAUGCUGUUGAUGCUGCAAUUAAGUCCGGAAAGCUGAAAGCCGAUGAAUGCAAAACUCACAACUUGAUACUUACUGGUGGUUAUGGUUGGGAUCCUGCCAAUUUUACUGUUAUUGCUCAACAGUAUGUCCGAACAAAGAAGACGUCUGAUGGUAGAACCGUUCCUGGUGUCAUGGACACUGCUGUAGCAAAGCAUUUAUCACAAGCAUAUGGUACACUGGCUGAGCGCGUGGCUUCAAUAUCUCAGAAUGAAGGUUUGGGAAAGCGGCUCGCGCAUGGAUACCCUUUCCUUGAAGCAGAAGUAGCAUACUGUGCUCGAUACGAGUAUUGUGAGUCUGCAACUGAUUUUAUUGCAAGGAGAUGUCGGCUUGCUUUCCUAGAUACUGAUGCUGCCAGUCGAGCUCUGCCUCGCGUCAUUGAAAUUCUAGCAGCAGAACAUAAAUGGGAUAAAUCUAGAAAGAACGAUGAGUUUAAGAAGGCUAAGGAGUUCCUGGAAACCUUCAAAUCAUCAAAAAAUGCUCAGUUUCACGAUGGUAAACACAAAUAGGAUGCCUAUUGCUAUUUUUCGGUCUACUUUGGUAGAUUACAGAUGUAUUCGAUAAUUUCAGUCUACUGGAAGAUUUCUUGGCGUUGCCCUGCAUCUUUUGGUCAAAAGUGGUUCUAUCCAAGACUUCUCCAUCGGGCCAGAAGUUGACACACUUUUUAUCAAUAAUGAGACAUUAGUUCACAUACUGUGUAACUGUAUUACAGGAUUUCUCUAGACCACACAAAGCUGUAAAUGCAUUUUUCACUUAUACCAUUCAAAUGUAUCUUUCUCACAUUAGAUAACCUGAGAUAAUAAUUUUCAUCUCAACUAA